CUCCCGGUGGUGCCGGGGCGGAGGGAGCGGAUGUUACGGUGGCAGCUUCCGGUUACCUCCGUGGCAGGGGCAGGGAGGGGAGGGUCGGGUCAGCGGAGGGUGCGGGGACGGGGACCGGGAGCGGGACCCGCAGCGGGGAGCCAAGAUGGUGCUGCUGACGAUGAUCGCCCGUGUGGCGGACGGGCUCCCCUUGGCCGCCUCCAUGCAGGAGGACGAGCAGUCAGGCCGUGAUCUGCAGCAGUACCAGAGCCAGGCCAAGCAGCUCUUCCGCAAGCUGAACGAGCAGUCCCCCACCAGGUGUACCCUGGAAGCAGGAGCCAUGGCUUUCCACUACAUCAUUGAGAAAGGAGUGUGCUACCUGGUCCUGUGUGAAGCUGCAUUCCCCAAGAAACUGGCCUUUGCAUAUCUGGAAGAUCUGCAUUCAGAGUUUGAUGAGCAGCACGGCAAGAAGGUGCCAACAGUCUCCAGACCCUAUUCCUUCAUUGAAUUUGACACCUACAUCCAGAAAACCAAGAAGCUCUACAUCGAUAGCCGGGCGAGGAGGAACCUGGGCUCCAUUAACACAGAGCUGCAAGAUGUGCAGAGGAUCAUGGUGGCCAACAUUGAGGAGGUCUUACAGCGAGGAGAGGCACUUUCAGCUCUUGAUUCCAAGGCCAACAACUUGUCCAGUUUGUCCAAGAAGUACCGCCAGGAUGCAAAGUACCUGAACAUGCGUUCCACCUACGCCAAGCUGGCAGCUGUAGCUGUGUUUUUUAUCAUGCUGAUUGUCUACGUGAGGUUCUGGUGGCUGUGAGCCUCUCACAGUCAGGGAAGAGGGAAAGCUGAUAGCCUGGCAGGUGUAUGUGUGCAGGACACUGUUCAUGGGGGAUGUGCAUUAGAAUCCAUGGAGGACCAUCACCUUGACGGGAGUGUCCUGGGGUUGUUAGGUACCACCUGACUACUACAGCUCUCAGUGAAACCUAACAACAGGUGUAAAGGCUUGUUAACUACAGGCUUUUCCUCUGUGGCAGUUUGCACUUAGGGUACUGCAGAAUUUGGCCUCCCAAGGUUCUGACCCCCUCCUGGGGGGUCACUCUCUGGGAGCAGUCAAGCAGUGUGGUUUGGCAUCAUCACAUUGUGUGUCCUCCUGUUGAGUAGCUCUAGUGGGAACUGGACUCUAAUGAACAUUCCUUGUGUUGGCAAUGUUUUAGAAUCUGGGUCUGCAGUUAUUUUUCUUUUUUUUUUUUUUUUUAAAAGACUCCCCUCUUUGAAGGUGAAUACUGCACUGUACAUAUAAUAGCUUUCACCUCUGUCAGAAUAGCUAUUGUUGAGCUUUCUGUGUCUGGUUUCUUGGCUUGUUACACUUUUAAAAUGUUUUAGGAAGAAAUGGGUGUUAAAUUAUGCCUUAAAAUACAUUCUGUCUAGUACUAGGAGGGGCAAUGAAAGGCUUCAAUAUUACUGAUUCCUAUGAAAUUAAAAUACAGGUUUCAGAGUGUCCACUUUUCCUUUCCUGACAGCUGUGUAGGUCAGUGUGUGUCCAUGUGAACAGGGUGUGUAAUUCAAUACUGGUGGAACAGGCAUAGUGCAAACUAUGUCAGCACUCUCUCUAUUUUCCCAUUCUAUCUGCAGAUUCACUGUAUUAUUUCCUUCCUUCUUAUAACUGUGUUUUUCUUCCAAAAUGUGUCAAAACUGCCAGCAUUUCAUCUGUGGGAUGCUUGUUUAUUUCAUCUGUGGGAUGCUUGUUUUCUUCCUCCCUCUUUUCCUCACCCAAAACAACCAAAAAAACCCAAACUCUGAAUGUUGUGAAGGUAAGGCAGUGUUUCCCUAAAGAAUACCUUAACUUCACAUAAAGGAUUCAAAAAGGUAACUUUAAAACAGUGGAAUCUUUUGGAAACACCACCUUUUUCCCUCUGGUCACCCUCUCCCUACCUCACUUGGGAAGCUGGAGCUGUAAGUGAAGAAAAACUCAUUGUGGGGCAAUGAUAUAGAGCUUCUUAUUCCUCAUGCACCUAUCUAUAUAUUUCCAGUGUAAUGUAAUUUUUUUUUCAAUUUUUAUUUUGUCCACCUGUGCCAAGAAUAACAUUUUACCAAUCACCUUUUGUUUUUAUUAAAAAGAAAAAAGGAAAAAAACCAAUCAAAAUCUCAGGCACUCUUCUGCUCUCAAGUGUCUGCCACUUGGGUAGGAAGCAGGCAGUGUCACAGAAGGAAUUUUCAGGACUCCCAGCACCUUUGGGAAGCACAUAAUCUUGUGUGCUUCUGGAAUCUGGAAACUGUGACCUGGAAGUGUUUCCUGCCACUGGGAAUGCUCUGGGAAUGCUCUCCAGCUUGGCACUGUGGCAGGGGAAGCAGUUUGUCCACCAAUAAACCUACCAAAUCUGAUCCACCCUGGAGUGUAAAAUCACCUGGUUACUGCAUGAUGUCUCCAAGUUUAUUGUGUAGAUUGCUUUAUUAUUAUUAUUAUUAUUAUCACCUUCAUAUUUUGAAUCCUUUUCAGUCCUGAAGGGGUGAAUGUCCCAGUCAUGUAGGUCUGUGUGAUGUAGGUGCUGAAAGGUGAGCAGACCCCCACCCUCAGUGGGUUGUUGGGAUGGAGGGGAGUGAUGUUCCUGCAGCCAAGGGGCAGCUCAGUCAGCAGCUGCCUCCUGCAGCCCCAGUGUCAGCAAUGAAAUAAAUGCUUCUGAAAAA